AUGGACCAGUUCGCACAGACUCGUGGUGCCGACGACCUGUUCGACGAUGAGAUCAUCCCGAUCUCCACGGUAGUGCAACCGGCGCAGACAGAGGUCGUUGCCCCCGAGCCAGGGCCAGAGCCAGAGCGACAGGAGGUAUCUAUACCCGAGAAGCCAGCUCCCGAGCAGUCAAUUUCACGUGGGGAGACUCCGCAGCGGGGCCGUGGUGGUGAACGAGGCCGGGGACGACGGGGUCGGGGCAAAGGAGGGCGCGGUGGACGAGAGGAGCAAACCCGGUCAGAAAGCUCUCCGCGCAAAAAGACUCCUGUCAAUGCGUCUGCUGCUGAUGCGCGCGAGGCUGCUGCUUCGAAGUCGAAGCCUGAGAAGCCCGUUGAGCCUAAAGAGCAGACCGCCCCGGUCGAAGAGGGUCAUGGUGAAGAUCUGACUGCGAAUGGCGCUGAGGCCGCGCGUGUGCCAGCUGUUCGCGGUGAUCGGAGUGCCACUGGGGGCCUGAGAAAGCCUAAACUCACGGAAGAGGAACUCUCUAAACGAAUUGCCGCAGCCAAGGAGAACGCUGUGAAAAAGGCUGCUGCCCACGCUCGUGCCGAAGCUGAUCAGGCGUCAUUUAUGGAGCGCGAGCAGGAAGCGGCGAAGAAACGUCGCGAGGAACUUGCGCACCGCCGCAUGAUGGAUACUGAACGCGAGAAAAACCGACAGCGGAAACUCAAGGCCCAGACAGGACGUGAGUGGGACUCGCAGAAACGCGAGGAAGAUUAUGACCCCCGCGGUGGGGGCAGCCAAUUCAGACGCGGUAUGCAUGGCGGCGUGUCUGGUACCGUGCGACGAAACUUCGAAGACGCCCGUUCAGAAGAUGUUGUAGAUCACUCAGGUGGUAACCGGGGUCGUGGAAGAGGCGGUCGAGGUGGCCGUGACCGUGGAUCCCCGCGUACCCCUCGGGGAGACCGGCUGCGCAAGGGCUUAGCUGACAGUAUGUUCGCAACGGAGAGCCCCGCUGCGCUGGCGUUGGAUGAUAAGAGUGCAUUCCCGGCUCUGCCCGAGGGGCCCAAGAAGACUGAGACUAAGAAAACUGAGCCCAAAUCUGCUCCCACGCCGGAGACCAAGGUUACGACUCAUAGUAAAAUCGAGUCUGAACCCGAAAUUGCUCCUGCAGCAUUGAAUUCACAAACAGCAAUGGACAAGUUGGACUCUACGUUUUCGCCCAUUACUGGAACUUGGGCAGAUCAGUUUGAAGAUGAGUGA